AUGACAGAAGGACAUAAAGGAAGUGCUGAAGUGAACCCAUACAAGGAGGAAGAUCCAAAUAACUGCUACAAUAAGGAAUAUGAGAAAAACGAGUUGGACAAGUAUCUAAUAAAAAUGGGAGAUCUUACUAAAAAGAGUAACCUGACUGAAAACAAAGAUUUUUAUGGAGCCAAAUAUGACAUGAUCACGACAGAUUCGAUUUCAACGACGACGGAGGAAUUUUCAUGUCCUUGCCCCCUUGAGGGGAAGGGCGACGAUAAGGAUACGCUGCGGAUUUCGGAGGAGGGAGAGUUCGGGGAUGCUUCCCAGGACCUGACGCUGGAUGAUCAACAGUCCACCAAAGUUGGCAAUGGGGGGAGUAGCGGCAGCAGCGAUAGCAGCAGCGGAAGGAGUUCCGGGGGGAGAAGCGAGGGAGGAGGCACAGGAAGCGGUGAGAGAAGCGGUGAGAGAAGCGGCGAGAGAAGCGGCGAGAGAAGCGGCAAGAGACACUGCGAGAGACAGGGCGAGAGAAGCGGCGAGAGACACUGCGAGAGACACGGCAGCGUGAGGAGCCUCGGCAAAACCGCUUGGGCUAUGGGAAGUACCGCGACCAGUGCGCGCAAAAUGGACGCUCCGAAAUUUUGUGACAAUAACGAUUUAUACGCAGUUGAACAUGGCAAACUGACAAGAAGUAGCGAACCUUUUUCAAUUAGCAAAAAUGAAGUGAGCAAAGGGAAGGAGGACCAGUACGAUAACUUAUCCUCAACUAAGACCCCCGCGGGUAGCAGCAUCAUUACCACACAACAAACGAAUGGGAGGCUGCAAGAUUAUUCAGUUAUUCUAAGUGGAAAAGAAUACGAAAGCAAUAAUAACAGUCUGAGACAGAAUACACACGUGACGGAGUUACCAAAUCAAAGCACCAAUUCAUUACGACCACAUGUGCACCCUUCGUACGUGCCCAAUAAAGUCAAUCAUGUGAGCAGUAGGAGUAAUGCCCCGCAUAUGUUUAACGGACUCAGUAUGGCCACAACAGUCGGAGGACAGAAAGAUAUUGGAGCAGAGGGGGAUUAUACGAGGAUGAUCCUUCGAGGAAAUGCCACUCUUAUGAACUGUGUGCAUAAAAGUGGAAAUAAAAAUAGCCUUAACGUUUUGCACGUGAAGAAUGGCGGCCGUUGUGCACAUGGAGUGGGUCAGGAAGUCAGGGGGGGAAGCCCCUCUAUGGGGAGUACUGUCAAACUGAUUAGAGCAGCGGGUGAUCGGGAAAGGUUCGUCGGAGGGGUGAGUAGUGGGAGAAGCAUUAACGGUGGGAGAACCCAGGAAAUGACUCGAAAUGGAGAAGCCGUGAGAAACGCGAUCAGCGUGAGAAGUGCCAACAGCUGGAGAGGUAGCAAGGGGGGUACGCACAGCUUCCCCUUGAAUGGAGUAGGAAGCAAUAUGCGCAACGUUAGUAGCACGGAAAACUUGAAAAGUCCAAGCAGCCAGAACAACGGCAUGCACCACCUGAGUGUAAGGAUGAGCAAUCUGAGGAGUAGCACGGCUGCGUUGACGCCAAGCACCCCCAAGAACGCCGCGCAUCUGCUGGAAGGGAACCUAAAUUACAACCCCAAAGUGGAGGAUAAAAAGAAACUAACGAGUGUAAGUGGGGGCGACGUGAAAGUGGCAGCGAUGACUCACCCGCAUGUGAAGAGCAGCGUGGAGAACGCGAACGUGAGAUUGAAUUCGAGUAGGCUUCUGAGUAGAACCUGCUUUGGUGGUGGCCAUGCGGUGGUGGAUUCGUUUAGGGAAAGCCCCCCCCACCGCGUGGGCAGAAAUCUCAGCUUUAUGGGAGUGAGUUUCGACAGGGACAUUGGUCCGCACGUCCAAGGAAUGGCGAUAGGUCCCAGUGGCGGCCGCGUCCCAGGCAGCGCGAUGCCGAUCCGAGGCGACACAAGGAGAGGCAUCUUCAGCGGUGUCAGCGGAGGUAUCAGCGGAGGUUUGAGCGGAAAUGUGAACGUACCGCUUAGUGGACCGUUUGGUGGAAUCCUGGGUAGGGACAGCUUCCGCGUGCACACAUGCAAAGGAGGGGGGGCGGUAAAAAUCCCAAGCGACGGCAUAAGCGGUGGUUGUAGCGGUUGCGGUGGUUGUGGCGGAUGCGGCGGAUGCGGUGGUUGUAGCGGUUGUAGCGGCUUCGGCGGCUGCGGCUGCGGCUGCUUCGGAGGUUGCGGGAUGGCCAUGUUGAAAAACCUGUCCAACAGACAGAGAAGCCUAACAGGGCCAUAUAAAAAAGUAAACGAAGAAAACAACAUGGUGCUAAAAAAUAUGGCACAGAGGAAGCAUUUAAUUAGCUACAAACACAUGAACAAUUGGAUUACUUCUCAUGAGAGUAAAUGUGGAGGGAGAGAUGAUAGGGGAAGAGCACCCGUAGCGUCCUCCUUGAGGAAUGGCAUAUACAAGACAAACCAAAAGAUGAACAAGGAAAAGGUAGGGCAGCUACUUGAUAUAAUAAUGAAGGAAGCAAAUAAAAGCUAUAGUGGAAAAAAAAAAAGUGUUAUCAACCAAAUUUGAAUGACAGGAAAAGGAAUCCAUUUCCAAACCAACGAUUUGAAUUUCCUUGUGAAUCUUUUCAAGGAAUUCCAUAUCUACGAUUGUAAAAAUAUUUUGAGGACGAGUUUGAAAAUAUUGAAUAGGUACGCUAAGAGGAACUUCAAAGAUUUUUCCAUUUUGGAUAAUGCCGAGGACAUCCUGGAGGUGAACAGGGCCAACAGCUUCUUUGACUUCCUGUUUAGUUCGCUCAAGGAAAAUCACGACGCGCUGCAGAAAGUGGGCCAGGAGAAGUUGUACCUCUCCAACAUUUUUGCCAAUUUUAACGAGUUGAACUAUGGCCAACUGUUUCAUUUGUUUUUGAGGAGGAGUGGGAAGUGA